UCCAGUGGAAAAAGGGAGGGCAAGAAAAAGAACCCUGAGAGAGAAAAAAAAACCCUGCUGGCUGUAACUUGACUAGAGGGUUUCUCUGUCUGGUGUGGCAUUCACAUCCUCACGCUCGUGUGAUAACAUCCAGCAUUGCUUGGCUCCCCCUGCACACUGGCUUGAUUCCAGGGAAUUGAAGCAGACAGGACAAACAGACUGAGAGACAAACUGCAUGUAUGGUGGAAAGAGAUACGUGAUUUAGAAGAAAGGGGGAAAAAAACAAAAAUCCAGAACAGAAGAAAAGAAGAAGCAAGUCAGAGAGCAAAGGGUUGAAAAAGAAUCUAGAAGGAUCAGAGCUAAAGAAAAUUUGAUAACCAACUGUAUACUUCAAACUCACCAACAUGGCAGCCAUGGAAGCACUGGAAUCCUCAAGUGGUCAGCUGGAACCUCAAACCCUCACUGAGAUCUCAGAUGAUGAGGUCAACCUUCCGCCCUCAGAUGAAGAAGAUGAUGCCCUUGCCACAGCCAAGAAAGAGCUGUCCACCAUGGCUGCAGAGGGGAAUGCUGCUGAAGACCAGGGCGAAUCAGUGAAGUUUGACCCGCAGGUGAACGGGGUCAUGGUGCUGUCUUUGCUUGACAAGAUCAUUGGGGCAGUGGACCAGAUUCAGCAGACCCAGAGUGGGCUUGAGACCAGGCAGCAGGAAAUGGAGCGCUCAGUAACUAGCAUCCAGGGUGAGCUGACCAAACUAGCUAAGAACCACAGCACCACAUCCAACAGUGUCAAUAAGAUGAUGGAGAAGGUGCGCAAGGUGAGCGUCAAUGUCAAGACAGUGCGGGCCAACCUGGAGAAACAAGGAGGCCAGAUCAAGAAGCUGGAGAAUAACGAGGCUGAGCUGCUCAAGAGACGCAACUUUAAAGUCAUGAUCUAUCAGGAUGAAGUAAAGGUUCCAUCAAAACUCAGUAUCUCUAAGUCCAUGAAGGUUUCUGAGUCUGUAUCAGGAAGCAGAGGAGGCAGCCUGCUCGAGCUUAAAGAAGCUAUGGAAGAGCAUGGAGAGGACGGAGGAGAAGCAGAAAAGGCAGAUAAACCCCAUGUAGACCUCUCAUCAGAUGAGGAGGGGGUGGAGAUUGAGGAGACCAUUGAGGAGUCUCGUGCUGAACGCAUCAAGCGCAGCAGCCUUCAGCGUGUACAAAACCUGAAGACGGUCUUCUCAAAGGAGACGAGGGCAAAAACCAAAGAGAACCUGCAGAAGACCAGGCAAAAAACCAAGGAUAAUCUGGAGAAGACAAAGCAGAAGACAAAAGAGAACCUGGAAAAGACCAGACAGAAAACCAAGGAGAAUUUAGAGAAAACCAAGCAGAAGACUAAGGAGAACUUUGAGAAGACACGUCACAACAUUGAGAAGAAGAUGGGAAAGCUUGGGACACGUAUGAGUGUCAAACCUGAGCAUAAGCAGAAGAUCCAGACAUCCCGUGACAAGAUGAAGAAGUCCUUCACACCAGACCAUGUUGUUUAUGCCCGGUCCAAGACUGCUGUGUACAAGGUGCCCCCCUUCACCUUCCAUGUCAAGAAAAUCCGUGAGGGUGCUGUCGAGGUGGUCCAAGGCACAGAGAUGGUGGAAGUGUCCCAGGAUGAGCAUUUCUGUGGGGUAAAUGAGGCAGUUGACGAAGGUGCAGUGGAGGUUGAGAUGGAGAUGAUGAAUGGAGGAGGGGAUGAGGAAGAGGCUGAGGAGGAUGAAGAGGAGGACAGCCACGAUGCCCUGCAGGAGCAUGAAGACAAAGAUAGAGACAGUGAUUAGAUAAAGAAUGAGGAAUUUGCUGUAAUCCAAACAAAAUCUGUUGCACCAACCCAUAUGUCUGUAAAAACUGAAUAAAUUCUGUGGGUAGAGAAGACUGACAAGAAUAAUUACAGUGUUUGGACACAGUUAGGUCUUAUUUUUAUUAUUUGGCCAUUAUUCCUAUUAGUUAUGAUAACUUUGUAUUACCAAAGUAACUGAUGAAAUUUGGGAACAUUGCUACUAGAAUUAGCAACACUGCUACAAAUUCAACAAGUUAGUCAAGCAAAGAGACAGGUGGUAAACAAUCCAAGAGUUUAUCCAGAUUAGUCAAACCACUUAUUUUGGAGGCAAACUGAACGAGUGUACCCAAAAUGUCAGUAGCAAUCUUAGAUAUAGUAAGUGUUCUAGGUCAAAGCUAAAUUAGGAGGUUGGUAAUGUUUAACUUUGUCUUCUUUUCCAAAUUCCAGAUUUGACUAACUUGUGGGUUUGUUUUGAUCCUGUUUGAUUAUCUUACUGCUCAUGUCUCUCAACUUAUCAGACUUCUUUAUAGCAAGGUCUCUCCUGGCUGGAAUACAAACCAAAGUUUUGGCUCACAACUUUAUUGUGAUUGUUCUCAUGAAUCUUGUUUGCUGCCCUUAAGUGGCCAAAGACCAAAGCUAAGGCUGGGUAGUAUUCCAAUUUAUAAAAACUGUACAUGUUGCACAGAUAGUGGGAGGAACUGGGACUCAUUAAGUGUCUUCACUGUGUUGCCAUCUUCCUAUAUCCCAGCAAAUAACUUGGUCAAGACAGUAUCAUUACCAAUAGGAAUGAUAGCCAUAGUACAAAAAUAAGACCUACGUUGAAAGAAAAUGCAAUUAGUUUUUAACAUUUGACUACCCAUUAUGUGUUUAAAGAUUAUAAUUAAAAGGAUUCAUGAAAAUCUUCCCAUAAUUGCAAAAGCACUUCAGUGUGUUGUUUAGAGCCCAUUUGUAUUUGAAUAGUGUAGAUGAGCAUUAAAAAUUGAAAGCAGAAGAAGAAAAUAGGAAGAAAAAACAAAACAUUUUGCUGUGAAAGGGGAUGGGGAAGGUAGGAUGGGCAAGAGCAAAACUGACAUGAUCAAAAGAUGUUUGAGACGAGACAUCAACAUCCCUCUUGGAAGAAAGUUUAACUUGUCAGUACUUCAUUUCUUGUUCCAUUUGUUUUAAAAUCAAGACAUUACAGUCCACUCACAACUAGCAGAAUGAGAAAAUGGAGAUGAGUUAUCUCCUAUCCAUUGAAUUUCAGUCAUAUUUGAACAUAAAGAAAAUGAUCUAAUGGACUGUUGAGCUACAAAUUCUCAGUGGCCAAAUUAUUCAUAAACACACUGAGUACAUGAUCGUUUGUAUAAAGAAAUUCAUUGCAUUUUAGAAAUACUACACAUCACAUAUACAAAAUUAUUUUUCCACUCCAUUUUUUGUUCAAUUGUUUAUCUUACUCUACUUAAUCUAUCCAUUAUUUAGAAGCACCGUGAUUCUGUUAUAAUUUCUAAGUUGUGAUACGCUCACAGUUAAGUAUAUGUGUAUCAUUUUGUAUAUGAUCACUCUACACUAGGCUGUCAUCUCCUUUUUAUUAGAGGCAGAAUGUUGCCUAGUUGUCCUAAUUGUCUUCUAAACACAUUGUUCAUGUAGCUUACUCAUAAUGUAUAUAACACUUUACUGUCAGUGUUCCCAAAGAAUAACCAGGGCCCAUGAAAAUGAAGGUCUGCAAAAUAUAAGGUAGAGAAAGAUUAUACAUAGGUCCAUUACAUUUCUCUUACCAAUAGUAUUCACUUUGAUUAUUUUCUUAUUAGAAUUUUCUUCUUAACAACUGGCUAAGUGAUAUUUAAAGAUGUUUCAUAAAUAAUUAGAGAUAAGGACCAAUAUUUUCAGCAAAUCUUACAAACCUAACCAUUUUAGACUUUUAUCCACACUGUGUACUUUCAGGACCUGUCUAUUUACAGGACUACAUAAGAGUGUGUUAUUGCUGCAUUCUGCCACUGACCCCUAGUGUCAGUCAUCACACUAUAAUUUUCUGUUACAUAUUAAUGAUGCAUUUCAUCAGCACUUCAUACUUUUCUCUUCCAAAUGAUCAUUUCACUGAAAUAUUUCCACACAGAUUUCCUGUAUUGUCCACAUUUACUUUUUCACAACAAGAUGUAUAAAUGUGUUUUAUACCUUAACCACUACUGGUGAUAUAUCAUGAGUGCCUUCCAAGAAUAAAUUCAAGAAUUCAUGUUUUGCAUUCUUAAUAUAUCUAAGAUAUAUUUUCAUCUGCCUAUGUAUUUUCCAAACCAAUUCUGGUCAGAAUAGCAGGGGCUGGAACUUGUCUUGGCAUACUUUGGGUUGAAGUCCCCUUCAACCCAAAGUACCCUGCACCCUGCACUGAUCAGAAGACAAGAUAAAUUCGUGAUUCCAAAGUAAGAGAAUAUGGCAGUUUACAGCUGAAUGGGGCUAUCACAGUAUUUUGUACUUCCAAAGUUUAGUUUCAAGUACAACAGAUCACAGUUUUAGUUGUAUAUGUUAUGUGAUUCACUGCCAAUGCAGAUCAUAAUGAAAAUAAAUAAAAAUAAAACAUAAAUUUACCAGAAAGCAUUUGCUGCCUGCACUUCUGCAUUUAGACCAGCUUCUUGGGCCAAAUAAUACUGAUGUUUGCACAGAUUCCACAGUACAACCAAUGACAUUGACACUCCCACAUGGAUAAAAACAUUCUAGCUUUCUUGAUGCAUCAUUGUGGUAGAUGUUAAGUGGUUAAGGCUCAGUCACUCAAAGUUGAUUAACAAUGCCAUGUUAGAGCAGAAACAACAUGCAGCUGUAGAGAGACAUAUGUCAGUCAAUGAAACAAAAUUUAGUUCACAGUUGUGUCCUUGUUUUGUCAUUAACUGAUUCCUGUAUAAUGUUUCUUUGCCUAACCACUAAUUAUUUGAUUAAUAAAAGCUAUUUGG